AUGUAUCUACUCUUUAGUUUAUUUCAAGUAAUUGGAUGGAUUUUAAUUAUAUUUGCACAAGACUAUAUUAUCAUUUGUUUGGGAAGAAUAUGCCAUGGAUUUGCUGAAAGUGCACUAUUUGACUUUAUCUCAGUUUAUAUAGCUGAAAUUGCAGAAAAGAGGAUUAGAGGAAAACUUGGAACAAUGCUAAAGGUAGCAGCAUUUACGGGCAUAUUUUAUGCAGGAUGUCUUGGUGCUUUCGUAUCCUAUCAGACGAUGAACCUUAUGUGCCUUCUAAUGCCACUGAUAUUCCUAUCUACAUUUCCUUUUAUGCCAGAAUCUCCCUACUUUUGUCUAAUGAAGGGACAAAAUGAAGAAGCCGUGAGAAUCUUGAUGAAACUAAGAGGAGUUAAGAAACCUGAAUCUGUUCAAUUUUAUGUUGAUAGUAUGAAAUUAUCAAUAGAGGAGAGUAGAAAAUUUAAGAGAAAUUCUUUCUUAGAUAUGUUUAGUACAAAAAUAAAUUGGAAAUGUUUAUUCAUUUUAUUUCUUGCAAAGGGAACAAAAACAUUAUCGGGUAAUUCGGCAAUGGGUGGUUAUACACAAAAUAUUAUGAAAGCAUCUGGUUUUCAAUUGGAUCCAAAAUAUUCAACGGUGAUAAUUUAUGGAUUAUUGUUGAUUGCAUCGAUAAUUGCCGUGGGAUUUGUUGAUAAAGUAAAUAGAAGAAAACUAUUUUUAAUAACUGGAAUUAUUUGCACUGUGGCAUUGGGAAUUAUUGGUUUCUAUUUCUAUUUUAAGGAUGAAAUUAAUGUUAAUGUUACAUCUGUUUCUUGGAUACCAAUGACUGGUAUUGUUUUAUAUUAUUUCUCCUAUUGCUCAGGAAUUGGUCCCAUAUCGUAUAUAAUUGCUGGCGAAUUAUUUCCCAUUAAUGUUAAGGGAAUUGCUGUGAAUAUUGGAAUUAUAAUGGAGAAUUUGUGUGGUUUUAUCGUUGGAAUUGGAUUUAAUGCAGUUACUAAUUUAGUUGGACAUCAUGGAACAUUUGCGAUAUUUGCAAUUUUUUGUAUUAUGGGAUCGAUUAGUAUUUUUUAUGUUAUGCCAGAAACACGUGGUAAAUCACUUGAGGAAAUACAAAUUGAACUUCGACGCAACAAAAAGUAA